AUAGCGGCAUCUGCGAGUCGGAACCUGCGGCAUUUCUCACUUUCCAUUAUGGCGCUGAAGGUGGUGACGGCCGCGGGCGGCGCUGUGAAGGCAGUGCUCAGGCCGGCCCUCCUCUGCCGUCCUUGGGAGGUUCUAGGUGCCCAUGAAGCCCCCUGGAGGAGCUUCUCACAACAAACAAUUCCCCCGUCGGCUAAGUAUGGUGGGCGGCACACGGUCACCAUGAUCCCAGGGGACGGCAUCGGGCCAGAACUCAUGUUGCACGUCAAGUCUGUGUUCAGGCAUGCGUGUGUGCCUGUGGACUUCGAAGAGGUGCAUGUGAGCUCCAAUGCCGACGAGGAGGACAUCCGAAACGCCAUCAUGGCCAUCCGGCGGAACCGCGUGGCCCUGAAGGGCAAUAUUGAAACAAACCAUAACCUGCCGCCAUCCCACAAAUCCCGAAACAACAUCCUUCGCACCAGCCUGGACCUGUACGCCAACGUCAUCCACUGUAAGAGCCUGCCGGGAGUGGUGACGCGGCACCGGGACAUAGAUAUCCUCAUCGUCCGGGAAAACACAGAGGGCGAGUAUAGCAGCCUGGAGCAUGAGAGUGUGGCAGGAGUGGUGGAGAGCCUGAAGAUCAUCACCGAGGCCAAGUCCCUGCGCAUUGCUGAGUAUGCCUUCAAACUGGCCCAGGAGAGUGGGCGCAAGAAAGUGACGGCUGUACACAAGGCCAACAUCAUGAAACUGGGCGAUGGGCUCUUCCUCCAGUGCUGCAGGGCGGUGGCAGCCCGUUACCCCCAGAUCACCUUCGAGAAUAUGAUCGUGGACAACACCACCAUGCAGCUGGUGUCCCGGCCCCAGCAGUUCGAUGUCAUGGUGAUGCCCAAUCUCUACGGCAACAUCGUCAACAACGUCUGUGCGGGGUUGGUUGGGGGCCCUGGCCUCGUAGCUGGGGCCAACUACGGCCACGUGUAUGCCGUGUUUGAGACGGCUACAAGGAACACAGGCAAGAGUAUCGCCAACAGGAACAUCGCCAACCCCACAGCUACGCUGCUGGCAAGUUGCAUGAUGCUCGAUCACCUCAAGCUCCACUCCUACGCCACCUCCAUCCGCAAGGCCGUCUUGGCAUCCAUGGACAAUGAAAAUAUGCACACCCCAGACAUCGGGGGCCAGGGCACCACGUCAGAAGCCAUCCAGGACAUCAUCCGCCAUAUCCGCGUCAUCAACGGCCGGGCCGUGGAGGCCUAGGCCGUCCCUGGGACUGGCUCGGCCCACCCUUUUAGAUCCCCUUCGUGCCCCCAGCACCCUAAUUGGCUCGGUGGGUGGACCCAGAAUAAACCCACUUCUGCCCCA